AAAUAUUUACUAGAAUCAUGGAUGGCCGUGAAGAAUUGAAUCAUGGAAAAAGAGUAUUGCCUGCAACAAACACUUUCUUUGAAGUAACAGGCCUACAACAAAGAGUAGAAUAUCAGUUCUGGGUAACUGCUAGUACUCGUAUAGGAGAAGGACAAAGUUCAACAGUCGCAGCAGCUAUGCCAAAAAAUCAUGUUGUUGCAAAAAUAACAUCAUUCGGAAGUCACAUUAUAAGACCAUGGCAUAGUUCGGUUACAAUGGCCUGUCACGCAGUUGGUGAUCCUUCUCGUCAGUGGUUUAAAGGUCUUCUUGAAGAAAUCCAUACUGAUUCUAAUAAAAAUGUACAAGUAUUAGAAUCAGGAGAGCUUAUCCUAUCUAAUAUUCAAAGUCAUGAUGCUGGAAACUAUACUUGUCAAGUUGAAAAUAUAUUGGGAAGUGAUCGCCUUCAUUACAGUCUUAUUGUUCAAGUUCCACCAAGUGCUCCAGUCUUAUAUGUAACAAGUUCUACAUCGAGAAGUGUUCUUCUUCAUUGGAAACCUGGCUACAAUGGUGGCUCACCAUUAAUAGGAUAUACUCUCCAUUAUCGUCCCACUCAUGGGAAUCUUGAUGAGUUACAAUUAUCUCGGCGAGCAACCAAUCAUGAACUGAAGGGGCUUCUAUGUGGCAAUAUGUAUCAUCUUUAUCUAACUUCUCAUAAUAAAAUUGGGAGCAGUCAACCUUCUCCAGUUCUCUCAGUUCGAACUCAAGGUCAAGCGCCCGGUAUUCCACCUGCAGCAGCAUUUUUGGCACCCAACUCUACAUCUCUUUCGUUGCGUCUCCAUACAUGGCCAGAUAAUGGCUGUCCAAUAACUUAUUUUGUUAUUCAGUAUCGUCCAGUAAAUGAAUUUCAUUGGACAUUGGUUUCUAAUAAUGUACAAAUGCAACGAAAAUUUGUUGUUACAAAUUUAUCACCGAGUACCGUUUAUCAAUUAAAAGUAGAAGCUUAUAAUGUUGCUGGAAGUAAUCAGGCUGAAUUUAAUUUCGUAACAUUUACUAAAGACGGUGAAGCACCACCGCCAGAACUAUCUGAAAUAGGUAUGACCUCUAAUCAACCAUUUUAUGUGAACGUAAAAGUAAUGUUACCACUGAUUGCUGUGGCUUUUGCACUAGUAACAGUUUGUAUUGCUUUUGGCGUAAGAUGGAAAGCUAAGCAAUUAAGAGAUCAGCAACAGCGACCAAUGAAAGAAAGUCAAGAAAAUCAACAAAAUGCGGAAACGCAAAGAGAAAGAUAUUAUGCAACGAUACAUAAGGUUGCUCUUCAACAGGCUGCUAAUACUGGCGGAACAGACAAAAUUCCAGAGACAGCGGAGGACAUCUCGCCAUACGCUACGUUCCAGCUUUCGGAAGGGGGCGGGGGAAACCUGGCAGGUUUAGGAGGCUUGGGGGGGUUGGGCGCCACGACAGAAGUAUCAGCAGUCAGUCUUCACCCCAACAAUACACUUCUUCACAGCUUUAUGUAUCACGAGCACGCAAUGACGGAAGGAUGUGCGAGUCCGCCACCACCAGCAACGAAAAAAUUUGAUCUGACCACCCAUGUAGGAAAGUAUGGCGGGCCCAGGCUUGGCCCAACUAUGUACAACUCUGGGCCAGGCUUG